AUGGAUAAUAGAAAUACAAUUAUAUAUGUGAGAGUUAAAGGUAAAAGACCAGUAGACUUUGUAGACCCAGAACCAUUUGAAUGGGAUGAGGAUAAAGACCAACAAUUAUGGAAAUUUAUUUCAAAAUUGGAUAAUUCAAUAGACCAAAUUGAUUGGACUAAAUUGUCUAUAAUUUUAAAUGUUCCUAUAUUUUUCUUAAGGAAAAGAAGUUACAAAUUGUUUGAAAACCAUAUGUUAUUAAUGAAGAGAAAAUUUAAUAUUAAGAAAUUGAAUUCUCUGGACUCAACAGGUAAUGUAGAAGCUUUUAAAAAUUCUUCAAUAAUUAAGAAUUCUAAGAUGAAAGUGCCAACAGCAACCAAUCCCUUAAUGGAAUCAUCAAUAGAUAAAUCAGUGUCUACAGAGAGUACUGGUUCAGAAAAAGAUGCUUACAUAAAAUCAGCUGAAAAAUUAAAUCAAGCAACAUUAUCUGAAAAAUCAGCAACAGAAGUAUUAAGUCAAUUGCAUGUUUCAAAGGUGUUAGCAAGAACAUUAGACUCAAUUAAUAAUAAAAAAUUAGAUAAGUUAAAGGAAGUAUCUGAUGAUGACACGUCUUCAAGUUUAAGUGUGAGUAAAUCAGCCUUAGAAGAAGCCUUGUUAGAAAGGUUACAUUUCUAG